CCCGCAGCACCUGGAGCGCAGCCUGGAUGCCUUGCACCUGAGCAGCUUCGGGCUGAUGGACACCACCUUGGAGGAGGUCUUCCUCAAGGUGUCCGAGGAGGACCAGUCGCUGGAGAACAGUGAGGCCGACGUGAAGGAGUCCAGGAAGGACGUCCUGCUGGGGGCGGAGGGUCCGGCGUGCGGGGAGGAUCCGGCCGGCAACCUGGCUCAGUGCUCAGAGCUGGCCCAGUCGCAGGCAUCGCUGCAGUCAGUGUCCUCGGUGGGCUCCGCCCGCGGUGACGAGGGGGCAGGCUAUGCCGACGUCUACGGCGACUACCGGCCCCUGUUCGACAACCCCCAGGACCCCGACAACGUCAGCUUGCAAGAGGCCGAGGCGGAGGCCCUGUCUCGGGUCGGCCAGGGCAGCCGCAAGCUGGAGGGCUGGUGGCUGAAGGCGCGGCAGUUCCACGGCCUGCUGGUCAAGCGCUUCCACUGCGCGCGCCGCAACUCCAAGGCGCUCUUCUCCCAGAUCCUGCUGCCCGCCUUCUUUGUCUGCGUGGCUAUGACCGUGGCCCUGUCCGUCCCCGAGAUCGGUGACCUGCCCCCACUGGUCCUGUCACCCUCCCAGUACCACAACUACACGCAGCCCCGCGGCAACUUCAUUCCCUACGCCAACGAGGAGCGGCGGGAGUACAGACUGCGGCUGUCACCGGAUGCCAGCCCCCAGCAGCUCGUAAGCACAUUCCGGCUGCCAUCAGGCGUGGGCGCCACCUGCGUGCUCAAGUCUCCCACCAACGGUUCCCUGGGGUCCACGCUGAACCUCAGCAGCGGCGAGUCCCGGCUGCUGGCCGCGCGGUUCUUCGACAGCAUGUGCCUGGAGUCCUUCACGCAGGGCCUGCCACUGUCCAACUUCGUGCCGCCCCCGCCCUCCCCCGCCCCGUCCGACUCACCCGUGUCCCCGGACGAGGACCUGCCGCAGGCCUGGAACGCCUCCCUGCUGCCCACCGCCGGACCAGAGACGUGGACAUCGGCGCCCUCCCUGCCUCGCCUGGUGCGGGAGCCCGCCCGCUGCACCUGCUCAGCUCAGGGCACCGGCUUCUCCUGCCCCAGCAGCGUGGGCGGGCACCCACCCCAGAUGCGGGUGGUCACGGGCGACAUCCUGACUGACAUCACUGGCCACAACGUCUCCGAGUAUCUGCUCUUCACCUCUGACCGCUUCCGGCUGCACCGGUAUGGAGCCAUCACCUUCGGCAACGUCCAGAAGUCCAUCCCCGCCUCCUUUGGCGCCAGGGCUCCGCCCAUGGUGCGGAAGAUCGCGGUGCGUCGGGCAGCCCAGGUCUUCUACAACAACAAGGGCUACCACAGCAUGCCCACCUACCUCAACAGUCUCAACAACGCCAUCCUGCGCGCCAACCUGCCCAAGAGCAGAGGCAACCCCGCCGCCUACGGCAUCACCGUCACCAACCACCCCAUGAACAAGACCAUGCUCAUCCUGUUUGUGUUCGACCUGCCGGCCUACACGUCGCCUACCAACUUCCCUGCCGUCCUGUCGCUCUUCCUGCUCUACGGGUGGUCCAUCACGCCCAUCAUGUACCCGGCUUCCUUCUGGUUCGAGGUCCCGAGCUCCGCCUACGUGUUCCUCAUCGUCAUCAACCUCUUCAUUGGCAUCACGGCCACCGUGGCCACCUUUCUGCUGCAGCUCUUUGAGCACGACAAG